AUUAUCGUCAACCCCAUCAUCGGCGUCACCGGCCUUGUGGGAAACAUUUUGAGCGCUGUCGUCCUAGUGAAAUCAGGAUUAGACAAGUCAUCCCACAUAUUGCUGCUCGCUCUUGCUGUCGCCGACUCGUUCUGCCUCAUGGGAUCCAUCAACAUUCCGAAUUUGAUCACGUUAUUCCCAAUCCAUCGACCGAAUAUCGGGUAUUUCGUGUGGGAGUUUUCAAGAGAGAUAUCGUUCAUGCUGUACGUCUUGACGAUAACGUUCCAAGCUUGCUAUUUCUUCGGUGUACAAGUAAGCGCCGCCAUCUGUACGUUGAUCACCGUAGAACGCCUUUUAGCCGUGUUUUAUCCGCUACACUUCAAAACUAUCGUGACAACGACACGUAUAUGGAUGGCCGCCAUCUUCGCCUUCGUCUUCUGGAUCCCAUACGUCGUCUACAUUUCUAGUUUGUUUAAUUUCAUUUUUAUGUUCUUAGAACCAUUGGGAAUGGUCGUUGGCAUAGUAAAUUUCACCAUCACUGAUGCAUUCGUGUUUAUUGAAGCUAUGUUAGCGACCCCUUUCGGGAAAUACAUUCCUUUGGCCGUCGUCAGUUGCGGUUCUAUUCUUAUCGCUGUUCGUGUUGCUGUUACUCGGAGAAAACGCAAACAAAUGAUGUCAUCGACUCUGAAAUCAUCAACAAAAUCGUCUCGAACUACUGUGACAUUACUGACAGUGUGCGCCGUAUUCUCACUCACCAAAAUAGUUUCUUUUUUAACAUACAUUAUUGACUAUUCGGAUGCGAGUUUCGAUGCUCAAAUGAUUAGAAUUAUCUUCGGCAUGGUUGUCACGACAACGGACUACAUCAACAGUUCGUGCAACUUUGUCAUCUACGUGGCGCUAAACACAAAAUUUAGAGCACAACUGAAAAAGAUUUUUUUGUUUCGGCACUCAUAA